CACGUCGUGGUAACGAUGAAUCUUCGGAUCCUCUUCAUUUUCUGUGUCUGUUGUGGUUCCGGCAAAUCUCAGAACGAGUGUGCGGACCCAGUGUCUUCUGACCCCCAUCUUAUGCUGGACACCAGAACGUAUGACAACAUCGUUGUAUUCACGUGUGACGUAGGGUACAGGCUAUCGUCCCCGUACUAUUUCGCCCAAUGUAAGAACGGUGUGUGGGAUCAAAUCACCCCAAGUUGUGAAGCGAUAGAAUGCCCAGUGAAUAGGGAGUUACUGUUGUACCCUAAAGCUACAACAUUCUACUAUGGGGAUACCGUGUCUUUUUCAUGUCCUAUGGAAUAUGAGAUGAAGGGCCCGUCCAUCCUUACAUGCGGGGCGGAUUCUUCGUGGGGCCAGGAUUUACCGGAAUGUGUAGCAAAAGAAUGCAAGUUAAAACGAAACGGUCGAGACUACACCGGACACAUGAACGUGACAUCCUCUGGGCGAGUCUGUCAAAGAUGGGCAUCCCAGUUUCCUCACAUACACGGGUACCAUAAACUAGCAGACCAGGCCAACUACUGUCGGAACCCGAACCAUAACAUUGUAGGACCCUGGUGUUACACCACAGACCCCGAGCUACAGUGGGAGGUGUGUGACGUGCCACUCUGCGUUUGUGACCUGCCGACGGACUAUGACAGUCACUUAGUUGUGGAGAACAAGAAUUACUACUAUGGUGACAACGCCUACUUCUCAUGUGUAAUUGGGUACGAACGGAUGGGUACACAGAGUUUGCGAUGCCAGUCGGAUGGAUCCUGGUUAGGAACAUUCCCUACCUGUCAAGCCAUCGUUUGUCCGAUCCCAUCGAAUAUUGACAAGAACCUGCUGUACCAGGUCCGUACAUAUCAUUACAACGACAUUCUACAGCUAUCAUGCGUAAAAGGCUUCACUUUGAGCGGAAGUUCAAGUCUAACUUGCCUGAGUAAGAAAAGAUGGAGCGACAGUUUUCCAACGUGUUCAGCGGUACAGUGUGGAAUCUCUGGUCACCACCCGAAAUUACGGUAUCAAUACAAGACUUACCAUUUCCCAGAUGAAGUGCAUUUCUCGUGCCUGGUGGGCUUCGAUAUGGUCGGCCAGGGGAUCCUCGUUUGUACUGCAGAUGGAUCAUGGAGUAUGCCUUAUCCAACUUGUAAUCCUGUCACUUGUCCGUCCCCGGGAGAGGAGCAUCACCUGUUGUUUAUUGAAAAGACGUAUGAGUAUGGAGACAACAUCUCUCUCACAUGCCAAUAUGGGUACACGAUGGAUGGACCUUCCUCCCUGAUGUGUAGAACGGACGGGCGCUGGGAUGCGGAGCUCCCUACAUGCCAAGCGAUGCAUUGUCCCACACCAGUUACUACGGACGAACACUUGUCACUGACAGACAAGACAUACCGGUAUACGGACGAACUGCACGUCUCAUGUGAUCCGGGGUAUUACGUGGACGGGCAAACCUCAGUGUUGUGUCAGGCAAAUGGGACCUGGAGCGGAGAACUUCCUGCCUGUCGCCUUCAAAUGAAGUGUCCCACAUUCACCAUGUCCAACGACGUGACACUAACAAACACAUCAAGUGAGGCAACAUACCAAUACGGAACAAAAUUGGGGUUCACCUGCACUCCUGAUUAUGUGAUGAUUGGACCCACAUCUAUCACCUGUCAGGAAGACGGCACGUGGAGCUCCCUUCCCCCUCAAUGCGUCAAAUCAGCACUGCGGCAAGCGGACAUGGAGUCGUCUGGUCUAAUGGGUGGCCUGAUCGCAGCCUUCGUAUUUAUUACGGCCCUAGUAAUUAUCGCCCUACUGAUCGCACACAAAAGAAAGAACAGAAAAAAGCAGCAUAGUGUUAAACAUUUGGUACGAAAGGAAUCCUCUUUUAAAGCGACUUAUGGAGAAAUGGAUUCUGAAGUUUCAGACGACUUCGAUUCGUUCAGCGAUAGUUUUGAGUACAUAGCAGGCCCGGAUACAGACGUGCAGCCUAAGGAUGUGUCGAAUCCGUAUUACGAGUUCACUCCCCUGUCUAAUGUUCCUGAAGGAACAAUAGCUGUCGACAAUCUUCAAGAAUUUGUUAACAAGGAUUUGAAAACUGAAGGUUACGUCACCACAACAUUCGCCAAAUUUAAAGAGGGUUUACAAGAACCAGUCGCCGAGGCCAACCUGCCAGAGAAUAAAAUUAAAAAUAGAUACAAACACGUGUUCCCAUAUGACACAACCCGCGUUUGUCUCGAGAAAGAUGCUGGCGAUACAUCUGACUACAUUAAUGCCAGUUAUAUAAAUGGGUUCGAGAAAAUCCAUCAGUACGUGGCUGCUCAAGGACCAAUGAAAACAACAGUGAACGACUUUUGGAAGAUGGUAUGGCAUCUUGGCAGUACGAAGAUCGUAAUGUUAACAAAUCUGAUAGAGAGCGGAAAGACAAAAUGCCAGCAGUAUUGGCCAAAGCGUGGAAGCGAACAAUUUAGCUCAAUAACAGUGACUUUGGAAAGCGAAGAAGAUCUUGGAACGUUCGUCAUUAGACAACUUAAAGUACAAAAAGGCACAUUAAACAGAUGCGUGACCCAGUUUCACUAUACUGACUGGCCAGAUCAGAAAGCGCCACCUAGUGCUGCGUCCCUUGUACAGUUCUACCGUAAAGUAGAGUCACUAGGGCAGCAAUAUGAUGUUCCUGUCAUAGUCCAUUGUAGAAACAGUUCGUGUUUAUACACGAGGCUCUAGUGGAACAUCUACAUGGGUAUACUGCCAUCCCCGUCAAUGUAUUUCGGGAGACCUUCAGACAGUUACACUCAGAAUAUGCGAUGCUACAUAGUUUGUCUCCUAAACUACCUGAAAGUGCUUUCCUCGCCGGAAAAAAGGAGGAAAACAAAAGUAAAAACAGAUACAGCAACCUACUGCCGG